AUGGAGCCUGCGGCCACCAGCAUCCAGGUGCUGCUGCAGGCGGCGGAGUUCUUGGAGCGGCGGGAGCGCGGGGCUACUGGUCCCCGGUCACCGUCGGGUCCCCGGUACCCGGCGGGCCUGGCCGAGGCGGAGCACGGGUACGCCUCGCUCUGCCCCGCGCGGUCCCGCCGGGCUGUGGGCAGUGUCAGGUCGGUGCACAACGCGCUGGAGAAGAACAGGAGAGCCCAGCUCCGGUGCUGCCUGGAGCGGCUGAAGCAGCAGGUGCCGGUGAGCGCGGGGCCGGCCCGUCCCACCACUCUGAGCCUCCUGCACCGUGCCCGGCUUCAUAUCCAGAGGCUGGAGGAACAGGAGCUGAGGGCGCGAAAGGCCAAGGACCGGCUGUAUAACCGGCAGCAGAGCUUGCGGCGGCGGCUGGAGUGGUUGCUCUCUCCCGCCGCUGGGGAACGGGCGCGGGCUGACAGCCUGGACUCGUCACAGCUCUCGGAGCCCUCCGAGGGAGAGGAUGUCGAGAUAGAUGUGGAUGGCACCGUGUUCAGCGGGGACCUGCUGCCCAGCCUCGGCACUGGCAGGGACCACAGCUACUCCAGCCCCACGUCCUGACAGUGCCUGCUGCCUUCCCUGUGCUGCCUGCUGCCUCCUCCCUGCCUGCUGCUGCUGCAAACGCAGCCUCUGCCGGCCUGGGUAAGGGGCCAUGGGUGGGGAGAGGGGGCCUGCCAUGGCCACCUCACUGCUGGGCUGCUGAGCCACAGCACUGGCAUGACACUGUGGCGCCUGCUGUGCUGGGGCUUCCAGGGGCUGGAAGAGGGCCCAGCUGUUGUGGGGACACCCUCCCAUCUCCCCCUGGGCAGGCUGGGGGCUGCCUGCCACAGGUGUGGGGCAGCACAGCCCCCAACAAAUAUGGCUACAGGAGGGCUCUGCCACCCCUGGGAAGCCAGGAAGGGGAAACGAAUGCAUUAAGCUGCCUGCCUUCACACUCCCACAGCUCCCUCCCU